AUGAAUUCAUCACCACCCAUUAUUAGAACUAAAUCGAAAAUUUCCCUUGAGUAUAAAAAAUACAGAGUAAAAAGGAAUGAACUUUAUUGUAUAAGACAGAAGCAUCGGCAGCAUAAUACGAAUAAGAAUUUCAAUACUAAAAAAAAAUUUAAUUCUUUAAUUUUGAAAAAUACGAAAACGUUUUGUGAGAUAAGACCAAAUUUAAAUUUGGUAGAGGAAAGUGAUUCAGGAGAAUCAACGAUUAAUGAACAACAAUAUAUAAAAUAUUUGGAUAAUUCUAAACGAAGAAAAAGAAAAAGGUUAAUGAAUGAUAUGUAUUCUCAACAUUCCGAAGGCAGUAACGCUUCUGUUGUUGUUGUAAAUAUUGAAGGUGAUGAUUUUCAUUCUUCGGAAUUGAGGAUAUUGAAUGAAUUGAGAAAAAAAUGGGAAAAAAUCCAGCAAACUCGAGCAAAGAAUAAUCAAAGCUCAUUAACUUUAUACUCAAGAUCAAUUGGUGGAAAGACUAUUCCUCAUUCAGGAAAUAAGGAUGAAACUGAUAAAAAUGAUGAAUUAAAAUCUGAUGAUUCAUCAUUUGAUGUGAAAGAAUCAGAUUCUUUGAAUUCAUUUAAUAUUGAUUAUAAUGAUUCCAAAUGUUAUUCAAAAUCUUCAGAAUCUCAAGACUCAACAGAUGAUGAUUUAGAAGAAGUCAAUUUUUCUCAAGAUGGAAACUCUGAAUGUAUUUCUGAAGACGAAGAGGAAAUAUUACUAGAAAGUACUUCCUUAAAUUCGGCAUUUCCAAUCAGAGAAAAAAGUACUACCAUUAACUUUUCACCAUAUGUAACCGGAUUUCAUACGGGAGGAAAGGAAUCUUCUGCAUUAAAACAAUACAAUAAAUCAAUUGAUGAUCUUCCCGAGACCGAUAAUAAUUUUAACAAUCAAAUCAAUAAAGAUAAUAUCAAUGAUGAUGAAGAUUGGGAGACGAUAGAAGAAACAGUAAUUUUGACCAGCGAAAGCUGGGAAGAACCGGAUGAACUCUAUACUGAGGAUGAAGAAGAAAUAAUUUUGCUUACAAGUGAAGGAUGGAGAAAUAACAGCGAGGAAUCGAUGGAAUCAAUUGAUCUUGUCAAAAUCUAA